AAAAAUUUAUGUUUCAGUCGGUUCAGUACUGCGAGAGCUAUUUAUACUUUCCAAUGUCGGACUGAAAACUAGGGAAACAAGUUGUGUUUGAGUGCUAUGUGUGAUGGUGUUAGAACCUAUUGAUUUGCGCAGUUCGACGGGCGUGCUAUUAAAUUCCGAAACGAUGUCGGAAGGGACAUUAGAAAGAAAUCGCGCUGAAAAAGCUCUCAUUAUAACAAAUAAAACACCGACUCACUGCCAGUUUUUUAAGAAUUCUGGAGUCAAAAAUUACUCGGAUAAAAAUGGCAAUGAAGUACCUAAAUCGGCUAACAAAAAUAGAAAGACAUUCGCGUUUUGGACACUUGUGUUUUUAAUAUUUCUUUUCGGUUUGGGCAAUUUGAUUCUAACAUUAUCAAUGCUGUUCGUGCUUCGACUGGGCCACGGCCUGGAAAGUAUGGAGUUUUUGCCCGAACAUAAUGCAAUCAAAUUCUUCGGUGACACAGAUUUUGAUCACCUAUACAAAAAGGAUGGGUUGAUAGAGAGCUUCAAGGAUACGCCGUUGACAAUAUCUAGCGAAAACGGAUCUGUACUGCUGAAUUUACAGACAAAACCAUCUCGCUAUGAGAACAAGUUGACAGUGAAUACCUCAGGAGUGUUCGUCCGUGGAGUAUCAGCGAUGGAGCUGACAGACCCUGAUACCGGCGAGGUGGUUUUCAGCACAGCAGCCACUGAGAUGAACGUACCAGACGGAGUAGGGAAUGUUCAUGCUAAGCAAGUAAUAGUAAAGCGCAUAGCGGCUCCCACCGACGAGGACCUGCUCCUCCGCUCCGAAGCCUCAGCAUACCUUCGAGGAGCCGAAGGAACGCACAUGGAAUCUAAAGAGCUAUUCUGGAGCGCUGACCAGGACAUAUACUUGAAAUCUAUUAACGGUUCCAUAGUUUUAAGCGGCAAAGAUGGCGUAUUUAUCGAUGUUAGGUACCUUCCAAUCGCCAGCUCUGUGAACAGGACUGAUAAAUAUAGUCAGGGGACUGGUCAGUUCAAAAUUUGCGUUUGUAUGCCUCAGGGGAAGUUGUUUAGGAUUGCUGUGCCGACUGGACAGAAGGUUUCCUGUGCACAUAUUAAUAUGACGGGGGAUUUGAAUCCCUGCAUAUGAAUUUUUUGUGUUGUUGUUACUUUCUUAGUCUGGAACUGUCGCACUGCUGGGUGUUGUAUUCUUAUACCUAUGGGAAAUGAAUUGUUUUGUAUGUAGAUUAAAAACAAUGUAAUUUCUGUUCUGGAUUAUUUUCUAGAUGUAGGAAAACGAUGGUUUUUAAAUUUUACGUUUUUUUAUAACCUUUGUGAUUACUAUACUUACUUACUUACUUAAAUUUUAAUCAAUAACGGUUUUUUUAAUAUUUUAAUAUUUUUUCACAAUAUAAGUACAAAUGUGGGCAUAACUUUUGUUUAAAUUAAACUCUGUUUCAUAACAUCUAAUUACGAAAUGAUUGGUAAAAUUAACCGUAUUAUCCCAUAAGGCAAAGCCAAUUGCCUAGGGCGCCAGGAUGAUGCAGGAGCGCCGCGAGAUGCGCGUGCCCAACUACCUAAAGAGGGGCGGUGGCGCCAAAAAAAUUAGGGAUGGCUCUGAGGCGCUAUCGUGUUGGCCCAGAGGUUUAAGCCACACGCUUCUCAAUGAGGGUUCGAAACCUACCAACGGCAAGUACCAAUGUG